ACCAGCAGCUAGUAAAGGUCAGAUAAAAAUAUGGGUCCUCUAUCAUCACCUCUCAGGCUUCCUGUCAUAGAUUUUUCCAAGGAAAAUUUGAGGCCUGGAACAAGCUCCUGGGCCUCCACUUGCAAGGAGGUCAUUCAGGCACUAGAGGAAUAUGGCUGCUUUGAGGCAGUGUAUGAUAAAGUUCCUCUUGAACUUCACAAAACCUUCUUUAAUUUAUUGGAAGAACUGUAUGAUCUUCCCCUUGAGAUCAAAAGGAAAAAUGUUUCAGAUAUACCCUAUCAUGGGUAUGUUGGAAACCAACCCUUUACUCCAUCUGUCUAUCAAGGAAUGGGCAUCAAUAAUGCUGCAACCCUGGAAGGAACUCAAGACUUCACAAAUGCCAUUUGGCCUAAUGGAAAUGAUGAUUUCUGCAAAACUGCGCUCCAUUACUCAAAAUUGAUAGCAGAAUUAGAGCAAAUGGUGAUGAAAAUGGUGUUUGAAAGCUAUGGAGUAGUGCAGUCCCAUGAGGACCAUCAAGAAUCGAUUACUUACCUAUUUCGAAUGAUGAAAUAUAGAGUACCUGAGAAGGAUGAAGAUGAUGUUGGCGUUCCCAUUCACACAGACAAAUGCUUCAUAGCCGCAUUACAUCAAAAUGAAGUCAGUGGUUUGGAGUUGAGGACAAAAGAUGGUCAAUGGAUUGUCUUUGAGCCAUCUUCGCCUUCAUCCUUCGUAGUUAAUGCCGGCGAUGCACUAAUGGCAUGGAGCAAUGACAGAAUUCAUGCUCCUCUUCACCGAGUGGUGAUGAGAGGAAGCAAAGCAAAAGCAAGGUACUCAGUUGGUAUAUUUUCCUUCCACAAAGGUAUAAUCCAGGUUCCAGAAGAGCUAGUUGAUGAGCAGCAUCCUCUACGCUUUAAGCCUUUUAAUAACUUUGAUCUGUUGCGUUACUACACCACCAAAGAGGGUCAGGCACAGGAGAAUACUCUAAAAGCCUAUUGUGGAAUUUAAGCCGAAGCCUUCUCUUUCCUCUCUUUACUCUGGGAGUUUCCUCUAUGUGAAAAUCCAUGAAUAAAAUUUCCCAUCUCAGAUCGUCUUGUGUAAAAUAGUUUUCAAAUAAUCAAAAGAAUAAAUAAGUAAAUAAAAUAAAAAUGGUGUUGUUCACCAUAUACAUAUUGCUUGUUA